AUGGGGAUCGGCGAAAUUGUUUUAUCGGAGCCCUGUGGGAGAGACGAGGCGCUGGGUGUAGGGGAUACGCCAGGGGAACUCGGCUGCACGUUCACUACGCUCUCCUUAGAACUGCGGUUCGGAGACAACCUCGAAGGGAAGCUCAGCGUCUUCGUCCACUGCGACAGGCUACGCACCAUUUUGAGUGUUCAUAUGCACAAAACACGUUCACUUAACACGUCAACACGAACGCGAACGAUAGAUCCGAACCGUGCGACGGUCGGCGGACGAAUGCGAUGCGCGAGGCGAUCCAAACAAAACUUGACGCAGGCUGUGCAAGUUGCGACUUGGUUUGGUUUGGUUAUGUCCUAUUGCACAUGUGUGCGUGGCUUCUGGCUUUCGUUCAUGUGUACAGCUACGGACGGGUGCUGGGGACCCGCAGGGUACGGUACAGGGCCAAUCUUUUGUUUAUCGAUGGGGCGACCACCUCAAUUGAGGCGAUAA